AUGUCUGGACUGCCAAGCUACGAUCAACACCUCCUAGAUCGUCUAAAUGCGCUCAAGAAAUCCCAAGUGCAAAUAGAUCCACCAACCCAAACCAUCACGCCUCGUGAAUCAACUCCAGAAACAGACCUCUCCUCCCGUCUUCGAAGUCUCAGAAAUGGAUCUUUAUCACCCUCGUCGUCACCAGCUCCCAAACGUAGUUCGCCAGCUCCAACCCCGCAACCUCAACUGGUGGUCGAGGAAGAAGAGCAAGAUCCGAUUUUGAUGACCGAUGAUCAAACUCUGGAAGAAUUACUUGCUGAUUUAGGGCCAGAAGAUCAGUGGAAACUUGAUCCUGAUGAUCCGGCGGAUGUGAGGAAAUUACUUGAUGAGGCUAGGGCUGCUUUACCUCGUGAUGAAGUCAUUGCUUCUGAGCGUGCUGAGGGGACUGGGAAGGAAAGACCUCGUGGAGGUGAUACCGGGAUGGGGGAGGGCUAUUUGACUAGAGAUCUGGAUAUGAGUGUUUUCACCAGUGAAGUCGAAGAGCCGGAGCAGGACGGAGAGCAAGGUGGAGGAGAGAAUUUAGAAGGCGAAUCACGUGAGAUUCAGGAUAUUGUGAGGAAGUUGAUGGAUGAAGUAGCUGUUGAGGGAGAUGUUGAAGAGGACGAAACCUCCGGAGAGAAGUCUAAGGGGACGGCUACCGCUAAUAAUGACACGAACACCGGCUUCUCCUUACCAUCAGCACCCUCCACACACCCCACGCCUCCAACUAAAGAAGACACGGACUUCACCAACGACAUCACCUCACGUCUCGCAGCCCUCUCCACCUCAAACUCACCACUCAAUCUUCCUUCGGCGCCAACGACAAUCACAGAUUCGAUGGGUCUUCCUUCCGCUCCAACUUUCAAACCAUCAACUAAGCCGACUGUGGAGUUGAAAAAGAAGACGUACAGCGAUCAGGAGAUAGAUAGUUGGUGUAGUAUUUGUCAGGAUGAUGCGACGGUGAAAUGUCUGGGCUGUGAAGGGGAUUUGUACUGUGCUAGAUGCUGGAAGGAAGGUCAUAUGGGUCCUGAUGUUGGGUACGAAGAGAAGACGCAUAAGUGGACGAAGUUUCGGAAACCGAAUUGA